UUUGUUGCGGGGCGCGUCGGCUGGCGUCUACCGCUGGCGCGUGCUUUUGGACUUUUCAGAGGCGGCCCGUGUCUACAGCCCUUGCGGCCGCGCGGGCGAAGAGCCUUGGCUGGGCCGCUUCCGCUGGUUUCUGAGACAGUGUCGGACGCCUUCGGCAGGCUAACCACGCGGCGGUUUAUUGAUUGCACCGCGCAGCCCAACUUUGCGCCUGUUCUCUAGUAUCUUACAGGCCGCUAGCUAGAAACAUAAUUUCGCAUUGCAGGGGCCUCCAAGUCCACAGGCUUGACAGCAUUGCCGCCUUGUACUACGGCACGUACUCGACGCAGUAGGCACCAGAAGCGGCGCACGUCGAGUUUUAUUGCGAAUUCGCACACCCAGCACAGCUUUGCCCAAGCUGAGCCUUCAGGUCACCGCUGUGAUGCCGGCCGACGAGCCCGCCGCCGCGACUUUUAGCUUCACGGCGACGGCGCCUGCGCCCGCCGCGGCUGCGCCAGCACCAGCGGCUCCGGCGUUUACCUUCGGCGCGGCGGCUCCGGCGCCCGCACCCGUGGCGGCAGCGACGCCAGCGUUCACGUUUACGUUUGCCGCCGGCGCGCCCGCGCCCGCCCCGGCGGCUUCGACGCCUGCGUUCACCUUUGGUGCUGCAGCGCCCGAACCUGCGCCGGCUGCUGGCGGCCCGGCCUUUACCUUCGGGGCUCGGGCGAGCCCCGCGCCGCCGGCGCCUGCGCCUGCAGGUGGCCCCGCGUUCACCUUUGGAAUGGACUCCGACGAGGAAGAUGAUGAAGCUCUAGCGAGAAGGCUGCAGCGCGAGUGGGAGGAGGAGGCAUCGACGGGCACGUGGGAGACAGACGAGGCAUCGACGGAGUUGUCCCAACUGCCCUCGGACGACGAGGAGGAGGUGGCGACCGCUCGCCACCCCUGGGCCGAUUUCUUUCAUCAUGGGGACGUGCAUGUGAGCCGCUUGGAGUCUCUGUACGACGUGAACGUCCGUGUAAUUCAAAGCGAUGGUGCUUGGAGCGCGCGCGCGCUAGACCGCGGCCUCACAAAAGUGGAACAGAAUCCCGCGGUAAUGCGAGCCGUUGAGGCAGUCGGCGCCAGAAACGUCGCAAGCUUUACGUCGCCCGAGUGUGACACCCCAUUGCUUCAUUGGGCAGCGAUUGCCGGGAAGGUCGAGUGCGUGCGCGUUCUGCUGCACCACGGCGCCGACAUCGAGGCGCGCAGCGGCGACGGUUGCACGCCGCUGUUUUAUAGCGUCCCCAACGGCGAGCCCGCGGUGGCCCGCGUCCUGGUCGCCGCCGGCGCCGACAUCGACGCCGUGAACGUACAUGUCAUGACACCACUCGGAAGCACGGUCCAAUACGGCCAGCCCCACCUGGCGCACGUGCUGUUGAGCCUGGGCGCGAUAUUCGACAUGGCUAUGGCCGACCGGGCCAAGGCCAUCUAUAUGACCGAGCAACCCGACCCGGACAUGCUGGACGGCGUCGUCGAGGCCCACGCAUUGCACAAAAGGGUCCGUGACGCGGGCGGUAGCUACAAAAAGUACCUGCUCGCGACGCGGAUGCCCCUCGUCGUGCUGCGGCGUCUUGCCGCAUCGAAACGCGCCGUGCCUCGACCGGACUGCCCGCCGAUCUACAAGCGCCUCUUCCCGCGCGCGGCGCCGCUCGAUUCCGAGGAGGAGGACGAGACGCCGGUGCGGGACAUUAUUCCGCCGCCGGACAUCCCGGACGAGGUCUUCCUGCGCAUCCUCGGGUUCUGGUACACCGUAUGA